AACUUCCUAACUAAUAAAUUUGACCAACUUAUUUUAUAAGAAAGAUAUCUCAAAAUGAUCAUAAAAGUCCUCAAAGAUAAUUAAGCAAUAAAAUAAAUCUAGGCUUAUAAAACUGUAAGUUAGUAUAUAUAUGCAUGUAUCUAACCUCUUUGUAAAAUCCAAAAGUUAAGAAGGUGUGUGAAGAUACAUACUACGUUCUAUCAUAUUGACAAAACAACAAUAUAUAUCUUAUUAAUUGUCUCUGUUCUCUUAUUCACGCAGGGAGGAGGAAGAAAGAUGGUGUCUUGUGGGAGCUUUGCUCAGGUGUCCUCGAGUGACGACGAAGAGGACUCCCUAGCGAAGACGAGGUCUCAGGGACAGAACUCAAGGAGACCUGAGGAAACAAUGGAGGGAAAUAUGAGGAAGCGUGAGAAGGUGAGCCUCAACGAAGAGUCUGAUGGGGAAGAGGAGGAGACAGAGAGGAAGAGAAAGAAAGAUGACGAAGAAACGCCGCCAAAGGAAUUGGAGCCCGAUGACGCGAAACCGGUUGGUGAGCCGGUUAAAGUUACGGGUAGAGGAACCCAUUACGGGCAGUUCGAAUACGGCGGUAACAGAUACGAGCUGGAGGAUUCGGUGCUGUUGCAUCCAGAAGACACUAGUCUUGAGCCUUUUGUUGCCAUUAUCAAGGAUAUUACCAAAAAACAAGAUGGAAGGAUGAUGAUUCUGGGACAAUGGUUUUAUCGUCAAGAAGAUGCAAAGAAAAGGGGUGGGGGAAACUGGGUAGUAAAGGAUACACAUGAACUUUUCUACAGUUUCCAUCGUGAUGAGGUCCCAGCAGAAUCAGUGAUUGAAAGAUGCGUGGUGAAUUUUGUUCCAGCUCAUAAGCAACUUCCGAGAGGCAGAGGUUUUAUUGUGCGAGAGGUGUAUGAAACGGUUGGUAAGAAGCUGUGGAAGUUGACUGAUAAGGAUUAUGAAGUUGCAAAACAACGUGAAAUUGACCUCUUUGUGGACAAGUCAUUGGCGCGAUUGGGUGAUCUUCCUGACCUCUAAUCUAAACUGUUUCAUUAUAUAUGGUUUUGUGGAGAGUUAAGCCAACCGUAAACCAAUUAAAACUUUAAAAGUAUAAUAGUCUUUGUUUAAUAAUGCAAAAGCUGUAUGUUGCUGGACCCCAAUAUAUUAAUAAUCUUGGUAAUGGUCUUCUGUCCAUGCAUCCAACUAACAAAAGCUUAAAACUCAAAUUUCUUGUGAGUAUUGUUGUGUAGUGUUUAUUUUGUAUGACAGAAAAAUACUAGAAUUACUGCACGGGUGGUUCUGCUAUCUUAUCUAUCUGAUGUUUUAAAAAUUAUGCCUUAAAGGAUCGAUUUCUCUCCAUCGAAUCAGUUUUAUUUUGUUUGAGAGGGUCCCUUGGCCAUAAUUUCUUAGGGUCGGUCUAGAAGGCAAACAAACCACAAGAUCAAUUAGGGCAUACAUCACGAGGGAACAUAUUUUCAUCUGAACUGUCAUAUUAAUUUUUUAAUAGUAACUGAAAACUUAGAGUUUUAACUCUUUAAUUACACUGCAAGUGCACAUCAAAUGAGAGUAGUAUAGAAGGAAGAAAAUCCACGAAGAGCAAAGAUUUGACAAUAAGUCUGUGAUAAUAAAGUCAAGCUAGGGCAAAAAAGGGAUUUUGGUUUUCCUUAAAUUAAGCAAAAAAUAAUUAUGCGGAAAUAAACAAUGAAAUAAAAGCGUCAUGCAUUAAGAAAAUCACAUGAAAUCAGAUUAUGAAUAUAAACAAUUUAUCAAAAAAUCAACUAAGCACCAUCCUGGAAUUCAAAAUACAAGUGUAUAAACUUUCCAAUACCGUGGCUCCAGUUACGUACUAUGUCUAAGAACUAGGUAAGAACAUAGAGAACUAAUUCUCGUUCAACCUAAAAAAUUAAACAUGCAUUAAGUUUGAGUUUCGAUAGGUCACAAAACGUAAUAACAUCAACCCAUAUUGGCUAAAGACACCUACCUUGCUCACAUAAAAUAUUUUAAAGCAAUCAAAUCAACUCCCACUGCAUUCAAUUAACCUGAGAUCAUGAACUAGGCAAUCAAUCAGACUCAAACAUUAAGAACAAUCCAAGUGAAGAACUGUAAUAGAUAUUCCCUAAUCCAACAAUCCUAAAAUUCAUUAUCUUCAAUUCUUUUGAAACCCUAAAAUCUAACUAUGAUGCUACUCAACAUAACCAAAUAACACAAGAUCAAUGAUAGAAUCUGCUUAAUUAGAAUAAAGAGACAAAAACAACGGUUCAAAAAUAUUUUCUCGUCACUUCACAACUUUAAAACCUAAAAGUAUAGACCUAAUUAAAAACAACUCAAAUAAUAGAUAUAGGUCAAGAAUACGCCUUGGUCGAAUUUUAGGCACAAUCAAAUCAAAAAUAAGAAAAUCUAGAAUUUUAUUUUUCUUGUAUUAAAUUGACAAAAACACCAGUUUUCAGUACUACGAGCAUAACUUUUGAUCUAACCAAUGGAUCGACCUUACCCCGAUAGUAUUGGAAAGAGAAGUCAUUUCUCUAUCUUGUGUCCAAACUAAGCUCAACCUCAUUGUGGAAAAUCUUCCAUAUGUUGCUAAAUUUCAGACAUAUCUGCAUAGUUCUACAUCUUUUAUUUCUUUCUUGUAUCCAGUUCAUAACUCUUUUGUUCUAAGUAGACUUACCUGUAUGACCACCAAAUAACACCAAAAUACUUGAAAACACGUACUUAACUUAACAAAAUACUCAAAAUAUAGGAUAGAGGUAGAUUAAACACUGAUAUGUUAUGUAUGUGUAAACAUAGUUUAUAAUUUGGGUUUUCUGCAAAAAAAAAUCAUGUUAAAAAACUCUCGAACAGGAUUUUGUUUUUUGCGUAUUAAACUGCGAACUUAAAACCCACGGGG